AGAAAGCGCAACAGUUUUGCCGUCUGUAAGGUCUGGGCCCCUGGAAUCCUAGGCACGUCAUCUUCCGCGCAAGCGCAGUACGGCCAAGGUGUGCAUGUGUGGAGCCAGGAUUCCGGGGAGAAGAGUCACCAGAAUAAGUGGCGGCUGCGGAGACGGAAAGGGAGUCCUCAUCAGCCAUGCCUAGGGGAGGAAAGCAGCACCAAUCUCAGGAGGAAUGGAUCGGGGACGAGGAAGAGAAGAACUGCCCCGCACAAGGGGCUGGGGACAAAGUGGUAAAGAAGGGGAAGAAGGAUAAAAAGACCAAAAAGUCGUUCUUCGAGGAACUGGCUGUAGAAGAGAAGCAUGCUAGUGAGGAGCAGACAACCACGAAAGAAAAAGAGCCGCAGCAACAGCAGCAGCAACAACAACAACAGCAACAAAAAAAGAGACGAGAUAAGAAAAAAGACAGAAAGAAAAAAGAGGUGGAGGAGGAUGCAGAGGACGGCCAGCUGAUUGAGAGACUGAAGAAGCUGUCAGCCCAAGCCAGUGAUGAGGAAGAAGAAGUGCUGGCUCCCAUCAACAAAUUGGGAAAGAAAAAGGGAGGGAACGUGUUCGCUGCCUUGAGUCAGGAGCAGAGUGAGGAGGAUGAGGAAGAACCAUCAAAGCCCAUCAAACCAGACAGGAAUAAAUUCAGUGAGGAUGAGGAGGAUGAGGACACGAAGAGGAAGAGCAAAAAGAAUGAGAAGAACAAAGGAAAACAGCAGAGAGGAGGAUCAGCUUUUGCUAUUUUGGCUCAGAGUGAUGAGGAAGAAGAGGAGGAAGAGGAAGACAAUGAAGAAGUAAAGAAACCCAAGGGCAAAGCUAAGACCAUGAACAAAAAGGCUGCUCAGCCUGAUGCAGCAGGAGAAAAGCCAAAGAGGAAAAAGAAUCAGUCAUCCAAGAACACGUUUGCUGCACUUGAGGCAGAGGAAAUGGCGGAUGAAGAGGACAAGGACGACAAAGAAGACGAGUCUGUGAAAGACAAAGAGAGCAGCCAGCAACAGUCAGAGGAGGAAGAAGAGGAAGGGGAGAAGAAAGAAGACGAUCCCUAUGCUCACCUCAGCAAAAAAGAGAAGAAGAAACUCAAAAAGCAGCUAGAGUUCGAACGGCAAGUGGCAAGCUUGAAAGCAGCCAAUGCAGCAGAGAAUGACUUCUCCGUGUCACAGGCAGAGAUGUCUUCCCGGCAGGCCAUGUUGGAAAAUGCUUCGGACAUCAAGCUGGAGAAAUUUAGCAUCUCUGCUCAUGGCAAAGAGCUAUUUGUCAAUGCAGACCUGUUCAUUGUGGCUGGGCGCCGGUAUGGCCUGGUGGGACCUAAUGGGAAAGGCAAAACUACCUUGCUAAAGCACAUUGCCAACCGGGCCUUGAGCAUCCCUCCCAAUAUUGAUGUCCUGCUCUGUGAACAAGAGGUGGUUGCAGAUGAGACCCCCGCAGUACAAGCUGUGCUCAAGGCUGACACCAAGCGGCUGAAGCUGCUGGAUGAAGAAAAGCGGCUGCAGGCAUUGCUGGAGAAGGGAGAUGACACCGCCACAGAACGAUUGGAGAAGGUCUAUGAAGAAUUGCGGGCAAUGGGAGCAGCAGCAGCUGAGGCGAAAGCUCGGAGAAUCCUGGCUGGUCUGGGCUUCAACCCUGAGAUGCAGAACCGGCAAACCAAGAAGUUCUCUGGGGGCUGGCGCAUGAGAGUCUCCCUAGCUAGAGCACUGUUCAUGGAGCCCACGUUGCUGAUGCUAGAUGAACCCACCAACCACUUGGAUCUCAAUGCCGUCAUCUGGCUUAACAACUACCUCCAGACAUGGAAGAAAACACUCCUGGUUGUCUCCCAUGACCAAGGCUUCCUGGAUGAUGUAUGCACAGACAUCGUCCACCUGGACAUUCAGAAGCUCUUCUACUACCGGGGAAAUUACAUGACUUUCAAGAAGAUGUACCAACAAAAACAGAAAGAGUUGCUCAAACAGUAUGAGAAGCAAGAAAAGAAGCUAAAAGACCUCAAAGCUGGAGGAAAGUCUACAAAGCAGGCAGAAAAGCAGACGAAAGAGGCCCUGACUCGCAAGCAGCAGAAAUGCCGCAAGAAGAACCCAGAUGAAGAGGCAAACGAGGCCCCCGAGUUGCUGAAGCGACCUAAAGAAUACACCGUGAAAUUUACCUUUCCGAACCCACCACCACUCAGUCCGCCCAUUCUGGGCUUGCAUGGUGUGGACUUCAGCUAUGAGAGUCAGAAGCCUCUCUUCAGAAAUUUGGACUUUGGGAUUGACCUGGAGUCUCGGGUCUGUAUCGUGGGCCCAAAUGGCGUGGGGAAGAGUACACUGCUGCUGCUGCUAACAGGGAAGCUUCAACCGACAAAAGGGGAGAUGAGGAAAAACCACAGACUAAAAAUUGGGUUCUUCAACCAGCAGUAUGCUGACCAGCUGAAUAUGCAAGAAACGGCAACAGAGUACCUGCAGCGCAACUUCAACCUGCCCUACCAGGAUGCCCGCAAAUGUCUGGGACGCUUUGGCCUGGAGAGCCACGCCCACACCAUCCAAAUCUGCAAGCUCUCUGGAGGACAGAAAGCUCGGGUAGUGUUUGCUGAGCUGGCUUGCAGAGAGCCAGAUGUCCUUAUUCUGGAUGAACCUACAAACAACCUGGAUAUUGAGUCUAUUGAUGCCUUGGGAGAUGCCAUCAAUGAGUACAAAGGAGCUGUAAUCAUUGUCAGCCAUGAUGCCCGGCUUAUCACAGAGACCAACUGCCAACUGUGGGUGGUGGAGGAUCAGUCAGUCAACCAGAUAGACGGAGACUUUGAAGACUACAAGCGGGAAGUGCUAGAGGCCUUGGGCGAAGUCAUCAUCAACCGACCUCGGGAGUGAGACUGAAGGAGGCGCAGCCCCUGCAAAACUGACCCAGCCUCCUUCCACUCUGCCCUCUCCUUUUUUGAACAGGACUCUUAUUUAGCUGGAGGGGGUGGGGUUUGAGCAUGUGCAAGGAGCUAAAGCACUAGUUUUUCCAGCAGCUUUAUCUUCUUACCUCUCCACCAUCACCAGCAGGAGAAGUUGAAGUGGUGAGGGGGUUGGGGGAAAUGUGGGUCUCCAAUUGGCUUAUUCUCACCAACUCAAAAACUGGGGAGGGCCUCUGACUCUUUAUAAGCCUUCCCUUGCCUCUUUGCGAAUAGAUGGAGCCGCGUUAUGUAAACGAAUUAAAUUAAAAUGUGAAGGACA